AUGUACGAGCCAGCUUCCUCCGGUCUCAUGCUCCACCUCCGGUACAUGCACUACAACCUAGACCCCUCUUCCUCCGACUACCUUCAGCCGCAUCAGGUCGAGAACGAUCAGGACGUCGAGAUCCGGGAGCAGUAUCAGAUCGGGUCGCAGCGGGUUCCGGUCGGACGACAAGCUCGGCAUCACUUCCUCUGGGAGCCUCUGAGGCACGCGUUUAAUCACCACUUUCUCGUCGAGAUCAAAAUGGCCCAAUCGGUCGCGGAUGAGAUCGUAAGGGUCGAGGACAUGAUGUUAGCGUCGCGUCGCAGAGAGAUCCUGACCAAGUUUAGGGCCGGAGAGAUCCUCCAUCCCAUACUCAUCGAGUCCCUCAUUAUGGCCUGCUCGUUGAUCGGCUUUCUCCUAUCCGAUGGUCCGGGCCCGAUCAGCACGGUAUACCAGCUGCUGGUCGGUCAGCCCGAGCUCCACAGUCUGGAGCAAGCCCUCAAGGUGGCUUCACAGCUGAAAGAGAGAGGAGACGAGGCGCUAAACGUAAACGAUACCCAUUUGAAGUCCAUCAGACUCUACGUCGAGGCUAUCACGAAACUUCUCCCUUGGUUCCCCUCUGAUUAUUACAUGGCUCCUUGGGAGGCCAGACUUAGCGGUGUAGGCGGUCUCAUUGUCAAGUGCAAUAUCAACUUGGCGAUAGCGGUAUUCAAGUCUCCCAAAUUCCGGAUGGAGGACACCUCAUAUCGCAUACUCGAGUCGACCGCUCAGCUCACGUGCGUGACCAACUGGGAAAUGGCGAAGAUUCUGCACCUACAGGGUCGGAUCUCUCAAGAUCAUCGGGAACGCCUUUGCAAGCAUCAGAAGCCAUACCUGGUCGAUCGCAAGCUCGCCUCGGAAGGCAUGUCCCCCUCGUCCCUCCUCUUUACCCAAAGCGCCAAAUACCUCCGCAGACCCCGCGGCCAGCUCGCAAAUCAGCCAUGGGUCGGCGACUUCUCCCCGAGGCACUUUGCCUCGCACUACGAGGCCCUCAAGAAACGUCUACCCGGAAAGGCGUCCGGGCGGGAAGAGCGGUGGUACCAUCGUGGCGAUUCAGCCGGGGCGAUCCAUAUGGCGAGCUGGCUGGGGAGGAUGGAGAAGCUGCAGGAGGAGUGGGGAGUACAAAUGGUGGCGGCAUAUGAGGAUGAUGACGAUGAGUUGGCGGCAGAUAAUAGGCGGAUGGGAGCGACCAGUGGGGAGGUGUGA